AUCUCAGAUGCAGUGUGAGUCUUGAGUGUGAGUCUCAAGUCGUGAAUCGGUGCGUCAACCACCGGCAGGGUCCUGAGAUUCGAGGACCCGGGGUGGGUGGGUAAAGAGGUUGACAUGACAGUUGAGAGUUGAGGAGAACGGAGAGGAGGAGGCGCAAAGUCAAGAUUCUUUUACGAGUGCGAAGGGAGAAAAGGGAAGCCAUGAUGGAUGCGCGAAUCGGUUACAUACGUAGCAUAGUCCGUCUUGCUUCAAUCACGAACCACCACCGCAAUCAUCAUCCAAGGUUAAAGAAGCGCAUCGAUUGGCCACUUGCCCCGUCACCCUUGCUCUACUCGCUCACCAUUCUUCAGUGACCCCGUUGACCAAGGGGCGCAUCGCUGCUCACCACGCACCACGCACCACGCACCACGCACCACGCACCACGCACCACGCCGCAUCCGCACAAGCAUCAAGCAUGUUCUCAACUAUUCGCACUCGAGCUGCUUCGCAAGCAUCCAGUCGACGCACUGGCGCUCUCGCUCGCAGCUACGCAGCUCUACGCACAUUCGGCACUUCACCCGCCAGGCUCGGAGGUCCGGGGGACGAAAAGCCGUUCGAUUCCAAUGCGUAUCGAGGAGGUGGAGAGGCUGCGAUGCCAGGAGCCGGAUCUGUGGAUCAGAUUGCGGAUUCGGAAGGAGCGUACGAUUCUAAAAGGACGCGUCCUGAUGAGUCAGCUAGCAAGAUUCAGCGAGAGAAGCCGCAGACGGAUAUGAGCAAGACGGCCGCUUCUUCCCAGCCUAGCGAUUUGGCUACCAAGAAGGGUAAAGCUACGCCUAGUGGAGAGAGCAGCUCUAGCGGUUGAGCACGAGCACGAGCAUGAGCAUGAGUAGAGACCACAAGCAGGAAGACAGCUGGCGUUGCGUGGUCCGAAAGCGCCUCGCACCUUUCCCCCCCCCAAUGCUGCGUCCACAUGCUCUUGUCACGAAUGCACAUACGCACCCAAGAGCCUCAAGUGUUCGUAAUAGCACUCCUGACGAGAAGACCUUCAUCCUGGCUUUCAACCAGCUAAAAGUAUGCGCUUUCAACAUCCAAACGACCUCGUGUGCAUACGAUGCGCACACCCAUCAUUGUCUUUAGCACCGAUGCGAUGUGAAUGCUAGCUUGAAUGUUAGGAGGUGCAACGCUCGCGCACCUGAAAUUACAUUUUCCC